AUGUUUGAAACUGAUUUAGAUCUACAUAAUGCAUAUAGUCCCAACUCAAAAACGAUUGAUCAGCCUGGAAGAGUUUCCUCUCAACGUUAUCUUACUGCUGCUGUUUGGACAGUUGAUUUUGGUUAUGAUAAUAAUGCUCGUCCAAGUCUUGAUCGUGUUGCAUCCGUACUUGCUGAUACGAAUGCAGAUGUUAUUGGUCUUCUUGAAACAGAUACAGCAAAACCGUUUUUGGGAAAUAAUGAUUUAACAUCUUAUUUAGGAGAGAAAUUACAUAUGUUUAUAGAUUUUGGUGUUGCACAACAUAUUGGAAAACGAGGUAGUCGAAGUAUUCGUGGAACUUUAUUAUAUAUGGCUCCCGAAAUACUUUCUUCACAUCCUUAUGAUAAUCGUGUUGAUCUUUGGUCAAUGGGAAUUAUACUUUAUGAAUGUCUUUUUGGUCGAUCACCAUUUGUUUUUUCAUCGGCUGAUGAACUUGUAGAAGAAAUUAAAUCAAAUAUUCCAAUUGAAAUUCCAAAUGAUACUCGCAUCUCAUCCGAAUGUCGUAAUUUACUUGAAGGCUUAUUACAACGUGAUCCAAAUAGACGAAUAAGUUUUCAAGAUUUUUUUCGACAUCCAUUUAUUUUUAUUGAUUUAUCUUUUCAAAUAAUUCGUGCAGAUGAUUUAUUUCAAAGAUCAAUUACUUAUGAACAAAGAGGUGAUAUUAAAAAAGCUCUUGACUAUCGAGUAAGAGCAUUAGAUGAAUAUGUAGCUAUUAUUAAAGUUGAUGAAGAUCAUGAUCGAAAACGAAUGUUAAGAAUGAAAGUAAAAGAAGGUCUAGCUGCUGCUGAAAUACUUAAAAAACGAAUAUCACAAAUGAAUCUCAAUUUUGCAUCGGCAUCAACGACAGUGUCAUCUUCAACUGAAAAUCUCGAUUUAAAAAAUAAUAAAGAACUUUUUCAAGCUUAUCAACAUUGUCUAAAUGGAAAUCAAUUAAUGAAUAUUGCAAGAUUCAGUCAAGCUUGUGAAGAAUAUCAAAUAGGUUUGACUGUAAUGCUUCGUGCUGCUCGAACUGAAACAGAUCCUGUAAAAAGUAAAAUUCUUCAUGAUGUGAUUUCAUUCUACCUAAAUAAAGCUGAAAUAUGUGAAGAUAAAAAUGAAGCUCAACAAUUAGAUAUUGAUAUUGAAAAAAUCAAGGAAGAUACUGCACUUGAUAACACAAUGUUGAAUGAAUCAAAUUUUAUUACAGAAAGACAACAACGAGCAAGUUCACAUCAAAAUUGUUGUCUACAGUGA